AUGGAGUAUUCUUCUGUUCCACCUAUCGCCAUUAUUGGCAUGAGCGGACGCUAUCCUGGCGACGCUAGCUCCCCAGAAAAGCUUUGGGAAAUGAUCGCCAAUGCUCGAAGUGCGCGCAGCGAGGUGCCCGCCGAUCGAUUCAAUAUCGAUGCCUUCUACCACCCUUACCCAGAGCGUGGUGGUACCUUGAACUCAAGAGGUGGUCACUUUAUGCAACAUACCCCUGUCGACGCUUUUGAUGCGCCUUUCUUUUCUAUAACCGCCAAUGAAGCCCAGGCCAUGGACCCACAACAACGAUGGUCUUUGGAGUGCACUUACGAAGCCAUUGAGAAUGCCGGAUUGCGAGUCGAUAAUCUCGCCGGCUCUGACACAUCUGUGUAUGUCGGAACUUUUACGAAGGACUAUUCGGAGUUGCUCUCAGCUGAUACAGAAGAUGUGCCUAUCCACUACGGCACUGGAACCGGAACAGCCAUUGUCAGCAAUCGAGUUUCUUGGUUCUUCGAUCUUCGCGGCCCUUCUGUUUCAAUGGAUACCGGAUGUUCCAGUUCUCUCGUGGCGCUCCACAUGGCCUGUCAAGGCCUAAGGACUGGGGAGUCUAAAAUCUCGAUUGUGGGAGGCGUUAAUUUGAUUCUUCUUCCCGGCAUGAUGACCGCCAUGUCUAAUCAGCAUUUCUUAAGCCCUGAUGAUACCUGCCACUCUUUUGAUGCUGCUGCAAAUGGCUACUCGCGUGGUGAGGGCGCCUCUUUUGUUAUUUUAAAAAGACUGGACAAGGCACUGGCCGACGGAGACAUCAUUCGAGGUGUCAUCCGCAACACAGCUUUGAACCAGGAUGGAAAAACCCCUGGUAUUACGGUACCUUCAGCCACUUCCCAAGAAGCUCUAAUUCGACGGUGCUACUCUGAAGCUGGGCUGCGCCUAGAUGAAACAUCCUAUGUCGAAGCCCACGGAACAGGCACACCCGUAGGUGACCCGCAGGAAGCAGCCGCUUUAGCCCGAUCUCUGGGAGUGUCACAUACCUCCGACGAUCCACUCUUGAUAGGCUCAAUCAAAACGAAUAUAGGACAUCUUGAAGGCGCUUCUGGUAUGGUCCAAGUUCAAAAGGCCAUCUUCUCAUUAGAAAAGGGCUUAUUGGCGCCAACACUUUGGUUUGAGAAUCCCAAUCCUCGAAUCCCUUUCAGCAAAUGGAAUCUCCAAGUUGUGAGUAAACUCAGGCCAUUCCCUCAGAAACACGCAAUUCGGAGAGUGAGCGUGAACAGCUUCGGAUAUGGAGGCACGAAUGCCCACUGCAUUAUCGAUUCCGCGGAAGAUUAUCUGCAAGUUAAUGGAUUGAUGGGACACCAUAAUUCCGCUGCUAGACCCAUUGAUUAUUCAAGCUCCAGUGAUUCCGGUUUUGAGAGUGAAGGCUCGCUUAACGAAUGGAAUGAGCUGCGUAAGCAGUUUGGAAACGCACCGAAGCUAGCAAUAUGGUCAUCGAACGAGCAGUCGGGCAUCCAAAGAUCUGCGCAGCAGCUUGCGGAAUACCUUAAGAAAAAUUCCGAGAGCAAGGAAGCUGAACAUCCAGCAAAAUUCAAACGAUUAUUACACACUCUUGCUUCACGACGCAGUCUAUUUCCUUGGCGCUCUUUUGCCCUUGGUGACAAUAUGCAGCAAUUGAGCCAAACCAUUAUCAGUCCAACUGUGAAUCCCAAGCGAGCCAUCAAACCAGCUAAGCUAGCUUUUGUAUUCACUGGUCAGGGUGCGCAAUGGUACGCCAUGGGCCGCCAGUUAUGUGCUUUCCGCAGCUUCUGGCGCAGCCUUGUUGCCAGCAACAACUACUUGAUAUCAUUUGGAUGUGAAUGGUCUCUCUUAGAUGAAUUCUUCUCUGAUGAGGACAAAUCUCGAAUCGAACAAUCGGAGUUCAGUCAACCAAUGUGUACAGCGCUACAAGUGGCUUUACUUGAUCUGUUCAAUACUUGGGGUAUUUCUCCAGGAAAGGUUAUCGGCCACUCUUCAGGAGAAAUUGGAGCCGCCUAUGCCAUUGGCGCUAUCACACAUGAGCAAGCCAUCAAGCUUUCAUAUCAUCGCGGACGGCUGUGUGCCAUGAUAGACCAUCAAAAAACGACACAGGCUUGUGGAAUGAUGGCUGUAGGUCAUGGUGUUCAAGCUAUGCAGCCGUAUCUCUCCGGUACACCCACCACAGAGGCAGUUGUUGCUUGCAUAAAUAGCCCUGACAGUGUAACAAUAUCGGGAACAGACGACACUUUGAAGAAAAUACAGCAGCGUUUGGAGGAGCAAGGAGUCUUUGCUAGACGACUGAAAGUUAAGACAGCGUAUCACUCGCCUCACAUGAACGUUAUCGCCAAUGAAUAUUUAUCCGCAAUUCAAGACGUGCAACCGAAGAAAUGCACCGACUCCUCCGCCGUGAUGUUCUCAUCUGUCACUGGAAAACUCAUACAGGCUGAAGAUUUGGUUCCAUUUUACUGGGUUCGUAAUUUGACGAGUCCUGUCGACUUUUCUGGUGCCGCACGCGCUCUACUUCGUUAUCAGCCAGGAUCUAAAUUGGAGGCAAAAAAGCCAUCAGUCACAGCAUUCCUGGAGAUAGGCCCUCAUGGUGCUCUUCAGGGGCCUCUAAGGCAAAUUCUUAGUGCCCAGGGUGGCAAAUUUUCAGAUGUCCAAUCUCUAUCUGCUUUAGAUCGCAAGAAAGAUGCUUCUAUCAGUGCAGUGGAGUCUGCCGGGAUGUUGUUCCAAUCUGGUUUCCCUGUUCAAGUGCAAGAAAUUAACGAGACCUCUGACACGGAUGGCUUCCUCGUUGACCUUCCUUCAUUCGCAUGGAACCGCAACAACCGUUACUGGCCCGAGUCCGACCCCUCCAAGGAACAUCGCUUUCGAAAGCAUCCCAGAACUGAUCUGCUUGGAGUUCAACUAUUAGGGACGACUGAGUUGGAGCCGAUGUACCGAAAUAUUCUCAAGCAAAGCGAGAUACCUUGGCUGGAGAAUCACAAAGUUCAAGGGACUAUCUUAUAUCCUGCCGCUGGCAUGUUGGUCCUAGCGAUUGAGGGUGCUCGUCGCCAUACUGAUGAGACCCGUGAGGUCGCUGGCUUUGAGAUCAGGGAUGUCAUUAUUGGUAAAGCUGUUGUGAUUCCCGAAAAUAACUCCGGCUCUCACAUUAUGUUGUCCAUGCGACCCUGGCGCCAGUCGACGCGGGAUCUGUCAUCGACGUGGAGCGAGUUCAAAGUGCACUCCCGAAAUGAUGAUGAAUGGGAAGUCAACUGCACAGGUCUUAUAAGAGCCAAAUACAAGUCAACUACGAAUGACUUGUUCUACGACGAAGCAUCUCAUGUGGAAGAGUCGCACCGACAGCACUUUGCCGCCAUCCAGGAGAAUUGCACGGUAGAUGUUAAUGUUGAAAACCACUACAGCCAUAUGAAAACAAUUGGCUUGGACUUCACUGGAGCUUUCAAGAGUCUAACCAAAAUCCGACGUGGAGACAAUAUGUCCAACUGUCAGGUCACAGUUCACGACACAAAGUCUAUGAUGCCGCAUGAGUUUGAAUUCCCGCACGUCGUCCACCCGAGUACACUUGACUGCAUUAUCCAAAGUGGCCUCGCAGGUUCGACAAAUGUUGGGGAAGACCUAACUGUUGCAUUGAUUCCAACCGCUAUUGAGCAUAUGUAUGUUUCGGUCGAUAUAUCAUCUCAACCUGGCACCAAACUAGACGUGGCAACCAAAGUCGUUCGCCAGGGUGCGCAAGAUGAUGCUCGAGGAAACAUGUACGUCUUCCAAAACGACAAGAAAGAGCCGGUUCUGGACAUGUCAGGUGUCAAGUGCACAGCAUUGCGCCACGGAGAGUUAGGUCUUGCCCAGGCACAGGUCACCCGGAAGCUUGCCGCGCGUGUGGAGUGGCGAGAAGCGCUCGAAUGGCUUGAUAGUACUAGACUGGGAGACAUGUGCAAAGAAUCUAUGCAUAUGUUAGGUUCGGUUGACCGGGUACACAUAGCAAACAUGGAGCUGGCUGCUUGGAUCUACAUGCGACGCGUCUUACAAACAUGCUCCCCCGAGGAUGCUGAAAGCUUCGCUCCUCAUUUCCGCAAGUUCUACGCUCUUAUGCAAAAUACCGAGCGUCGCGUGCUGGAAGAGCGGGUUCCUCACCAAGCCGGUGAUCCCAAGUGGUUGCAGACUGACCAUGACUCUGAAAAAGACUUCCUACACAGAAUUUCCAACAGUGGUCCCGAUGGUGCGGCUUUGUGCGCACACGGUGAAAGCUUGGUGCCGAUCAUGCGCGGCGAACGGCUCGCUAUCGAAGUCCUCAGCCAGAACGACUAUCUCAACAACUUCUACCAGUAUGGGCUUGGCUAUGAUCGCAUAUAUGCCCAGCUGGCGAGCUACAUUGGAUUACUGGGUCAUCAACGCCCGCACAUGAAGAUUCUGGAGAUUGGAGGAGGUACAGGUGGUGCGACACUGCCAAUUCUUCAGGAGCUCACUCAAGAUAAAGGAGCACCGAGAUUCGCGACAUACACAUUUACAGAUAUCAGUACUGGAUUUUUCGAAAAAGCCGAGCUGAAAUUCAAGCCGUGGCUACCUUUCAUGAAGUUCAACAAAUUCGAUGUGGAGAGCGAUCCUGCAUCACAAGGUCUCAAAUUGAGUGACUUCGACGUUGUUGUAGCAGCCAACAGCAUUCACGCCACAUCUUCCAUGGAACGUACUCUCGGGCAUGUGCGGUCGCUGAUGAAGCCCGGGGCAAAGUUGAUCUUGGUCGAAAUCACCAAUCCCCUAUUGCGCAUGCACAUGACUGUGGGCUCUUUUGACGGUUGGUGGGCUGGCGCUGAUGAUAGCCGAGAAUGGGGACCUACCAUGACCGAGGACGAAUGGAAUGUGCGCCUGAAAAGCAAUGGUUUCAGCGGUGUUGAGCUCGCAUGUCAAGAUUUCCAAGACUUGGACGAUCAAAUGUACUCCUUGGUGGUGUCUACGGCUGUUGACAAAAUACCGGCUCUGGUCUCAGUGCCCAAGCAAGUCGUGAUUGUGCAACCAAAGAACGUGACGUCUGAGGUCGAUUCCUCUUUGACGAAGCUCGCCAAUAGCAUGCGUAUUGCGGGAGCUACUGUUAAUGUCAACAGUAUUGAUAACCUCGGAAAGACUGAAGUUAAUGGGAAAGUCGUCCUCUUUGCUCUUGGACUGAACAGCUAUGGCGAGCUUGAUAGCAUUGAUGAGACAGGCUGGGAGGCACUCAAGCACAGUGUGCUACAAGCGUCCUCGUCAACUUGGCUUUCCCGUGGAGCGUGUGUCGAGACCCAGAAUCCCAAUGGAAGUUUGAUGACAGGCAUGGCUCGAUGUAUUAGAGCCGAAAAUCCGUCUGUGGCUUUGACGACAAUUGAUCUGGACCCAAUUUCGCCGCUGGAUGAUGAAAAGUCCCUUGCUUUACUCUUCGACGUUUUCUCGAACUCUUGCAACUCGAUCAACACUACGGAUCCUGAUUGGGAGUACGCUAUCCGAAAUAACACAGUUCUUACACCGCGCUUGUUUCUAGAGUCAGGAAUGAACGAAUGGAUCUCAACUCUAUGGACUGAGCCCCAGGCGGAACAUAUGACUUUCAAGCAACUCGGUCGUAACUUACGUCUGAAAGCGUCAACCCCCGGCCAACUCCACACUCUUUGCUUCGAAGAUGAUCAUGCCAGCGAACAGAGCCUGGGUCUGGACGAGGUCGAAAUUGAAGUAAAAGCCGUGGGCCUCAACUUCAAAGAUGUCAUGAUCGCUAUGGGUCAACUGACAAAUAUGCCACUGGGUCUGGAGUGCAGUGGAAUUGUUCAUCGUAUUGGAUCCAAUGUUACCAAUGUCUGUAUCGGUGAUCGCGUGACAACUUGGACUCUCAGUGGUACCUUCAAGAAUUAUGUGCGAACAGCGUCAAUCAUGUGUGCGAUUAUUCCAGACGCUUUAUCAUAUGAAAUAGCAGCAUCUCUGCCCAUCGUUUACAGCACCGCCUAUUAUUCGUUGUUUGAAGCGGCGAGAAUCAAGCGGGGCGAAAGCAUUCUCAUACAUGCUGCCGCUGGUGGUCUUGGACAGGCCACUAUCAACAUUGCAAAACACGUGGGCGCUGAGAUAUUCGCUACUGUUUCAUCCCGCGAGAAGAAGAAUCUACUUAUGCAACGUUUCGGAAUCUCCGAGCAAAACAUUUUCAGCAGCCGUGACAACGAAUUUCUCAAGGGUGUGAUGAGAGUCACACGGGGUCGUGGUGUAGAUAUUGUCAUAAACUCGCUGGCACGCGAUGCUUUGCAAGAUUCACUCAAGUGCUUGAAGCCAUUCGGUCGAUUUUUGGAAUUGGGUCAGAAAGACAUAGAGAGCAACACUGGUCUGGGGAUGGUGCCGUUCUUGAAAAACUUGAGCUUCCAUGCCAUCAACAUGAUCAUGGUGCAGCAAUAUACCCUGCAAACCAGUUCUAUGGUAUUCCAAGCUGUUAUGGAGCUAUUCAACCGAGGAAUGCUAAGUCCUAUAUUGCCUACCACAGCUUUUCCCAUUUCGGAUUUAGAGAAGGGCUUCCGUUCAUUGCAAACUGGUCAACACAUGGGCAAAGUAGUUUUUACUAUUCAAGACAGUGACAUGGUCCCCGUUAUACCGCCCAAAAUACCUACCAUCCAGCUCGACUCUUCAUCCACUUACUUAAUCAGCGGUGGCCUUGGAGGUAUUGGAAGAAGUAUUGCCACUUGGAUGGUUGAAGCAGGUGCACGCAACAUAGUAUUUCUCUCCAGAUCUGGAACGAGCAAGCCAGCUGCUCGAGAAACCAUCGCUAUUCUGGAAGCCGCAGGUGCUAGAACAAAGGUCUACUCUUGUGACUGCGGGGAUGCUCAGCAAAUGCGCGAUGCUAUGCAGCUUUGUAGCGAGGAAUUCCCACCCAUUAAAGGUGUUAUUCAGGCAGCUAUGGUACUAAAGGACUCCCUGUUUGAAAACAUGGAUGUCAACCAGUUCCACGAAGCUUUGCAUCCAAAGGUCCAAGGCUCACGCAAUCUCCACGACCUUGUACCUGGAUCCGAAUCUCUCGAUUUUUUUAUCAUGCUGGCUUCGUCCGCCGGAAUCGCAGGCUCUCGAGGACAAUGUAACUACGCUGCCGGAAACGCCUAUCAAGACGCCCUCGCGACGCAUCGCCGAGCACGAGGCCUGCGUGCGACCUCGCUAGACCUGGGUGUAAUUCUUGACGUCGGCCUCAUUGCCGAGCUCUUGGCUGAAGGUAGUAACAAAGACGUCGCGGAAAAUAUUGCGCGCUGGAAGUACGCUGGUCUCUAUGAAAAGGAAGUAUUGGCAAUGCUGCAAGCUGCUAUGACGCAGCAGACACUUCACUCACGUACACUUCCGCCGCAGCUCAUCACUGGACUUGGUACUGGUGGCAUGGCUGACGUUGCAGGCGUUCCCAUCCCUUGGUGGCUCAUGGAUGCUAAGUUUGCGCACAUCCGCACGGUGGAUACUCAUCGCAAAGUCGACGAGUCAUCCGAUGAUACACAGGGCGUGCAGGCGCUCAUAUCACAAGCCACGACUCUCGAAGAUGCGACCGGAAUCGUGAGUAUUGGAUUAGUGCGCAAACUCGCAAAAAUGCUUAUGGUAGACGUCGAAGACAUCGAACCUGAGAAGCCCAUUACACGAUACGGUAUCGAUAGUCUGCUAGCUGUCGAGCUACGAAGUUGGAUAUUUAUGGAUAUUCAAGCUGAUGUAUCUGUGUUUCAACUCAUGUCUAACGUGCCGAUCACUGAGUUGGCCAGGCAGAUUGCUGUCAAGAGCAAAUGUCUGCCACGGGAACUGCACGAUCAAACAGUGUCAACUUGA